AUGACAGACGCUUUUUAUGCCAAUGCUUUUUUGACUAAACAGCCUAAAGAAGGCAUUUCUGUUGUUCAGGCUAGACUAAAAGAUGCUAUAACGCUUGAUACAGAGUUUGCAGACUACGUCAAAGAAAGAGCUCAAAUAGAAGAAGCUUACGCAAAAAGCCUGUCAAAGGCAUCCAAAAAGCUAUACACAACAGACCCGGGUAUUUUGGGACAUUUCGGUCCCGUAUGGGAGCAACUUUUAAAUGAAUUGAAUCAAGUUGCUAGUUUUCAUUCAGAAUUAGCACAUCGUAUUAUUCAAGAAAUCGAAAAGCCAAUGAGAACGAUGCCUUUCGAAGAAUAUGACCGACUUCAACAGAUGGAACCUAUGAUUCAGUCCUUAAAUAAGUCAAAAAGAAAUUCCAUCUUCAAGAAAAAGCCCACUGAAAAUGGAAAUUGGCAAACAAAUGGUGUUGAAUAUUUAAAUUUACAUCAAAAGAUUGACGAAUGUCGCCUAACACGGCUAAAAUCUAUGGUGGAAGCAUUUGAAGUCCUUCAGUCUGACCAAUUAAAGAAACGCAUUGAGAUGGCAAAUAUAACCUUGUUAUCGGCACAAAAAUUUGACGUCAAUCAUGAUAUACAAGACUUUUGUACAGAAAGGGCAAGAGAUUUACAGACAGUACCCCACAGACCGAGAUCUUCUACUGUCAAUUCGCAUGAUUCUUUUCGUUCCACAAACAAAUUCAAAUCUGUAUUUGCCAAGAGAAAGAAGAGUCACGAACAAUUUAAUGAUAUGGACAACCAUCUCCCUAGAGCUUCACAACAUCAAAUGUCAAAUUGUUCUAGUGUAACAGAAGAACCAGUGCCUGAUCCAGUCAUCAAUAUUUCACCCGUAGCUUCAAAUGUAGUGGAUUCUGAAGGUUAUUCUAUACCACCUUCAAGAGACAAAUUUGCGGCUACUUUUGGAUCAGAUAUCUCUUCUCGUAAUUCGCCAUCAGAUAUAGACUCAGAUUUACAAAGUUGGAAUCAACGACUACAAGUCAACAUUAGAGACAAUGUUUUGCAUGAAGAGACUGACCAAGCAAAUGCAUCACUUAACAAAAUGGCUAAUAUGCUUCGAGAGCGAACACCAACAGUAACAAGGCGACCAAGAGGAAGAAGAGAAAGUAAUAUUCCUCGAUCUCAGACACAUUCUGUAUUGAUUUCUGCAGAAUUAGCACCCAAUGUACCAGAUCGUGCUAAUUCUAUGAUACUAGUUAGCGAAACAAAUCCAUUUAUCACCUCAUCUUCUAUGGCUCUAUCUAAUUUUAACACAGUGUCCACUCCAUCUUUGCAUCAUUCUCCUACUAUUACAACAAGAAACUCAGAAACAUCAUUACAGCUUGCACCUAUUCCUGAAACACAACAACCAUUGUCUGUAUCUAUAGUAGAAAAGACAAGGGUAACAGGCUCAAACAUGUAUAUUGCUGGACAAGUGUUGAUUACUUGUCACAGCAAUACAGGCAGCAUACCUAUUCAACUGAACGGUCUAGACCAUAUACAAAAUCUUAGGCCUCGCUCUCCUUAUGUCAUUGUUCAAGCUGACGGCUAUGUGAUAAACACGAGUCAUUUUGAACCAGGCAAGCCAGUUGCUUGUUUUAUGUUUGAUGUAAACACAGACACUUCUCAACUUCCUUUACAACUUGUUGCUUUUUGGAAAUGUGUUGACGGCAUUUCUUAUCUGAUUGUCAAACAUAGCAAGAACAUCGACAUUGAUCCUUCUAAAAUAAAAGGCAGUGUCAGUGUUGCAAUGGAAGAUCAAGUUAAUAAUGUUCAAAGCACACCUCAAGGCGUUUGGGAUACAGUAAAGAACCGACUCACUUGGCAAAUAUCUGAUUUAAUGCAACAAUACCAACCAGAUAGUCCUCAACAACGUUUGCUUGCUAAAUUCUAUAUCGAAGGAAAAGGCUCAUCCCAGCCUAUUUAUUUCAACUAUUGUCUUGAAGACAAUACACUGCCAAAUAUCUCUAUUCAAAGUGAUGCAGUAGAAAUCAAACAAAGCAUAGUUCAGUCAAACCAAGUGGUCUAUAUGUAA